AUGUUUUCAAUUCGGUCGUCUGUUGCAAAGCUACGCAACCCACUGGUUGCAAGAAGUCUCCAACAAUCGCUUUCUACGUUAGACGCAAGCAAUGUGCGGAAAAGAUUAGAUGUUGCGAUAGUUGGAGCACCGAAUGCGGGCAAGUCUCAGCUUCUCAAUGUGCUCACUCAAACCAAAGUUGCUGCAGUCUCGAGAAAACGACAUACAACAAGAACUGAUGUCUUGGGUGCUCGCACAGUGGGUAACACGCAAAUUGUUUUCAAAGAUACACCAGGAUUUUUGAGACUGGAAAACGCCAAGGAAGAGCGACUGGACAGAGAUCUAAUAAUUACAGCGGCAGCAGAAAUGCAGUACGUUGACUUCUGUUUACUGGUCGUCGACUCGGCACGGACGCUUACCGAUAAUUAUAGACAUGCUCUAGUCCAGCUAAUGAUUGGCGCAAUCAACUCGAAAGGACGGAUCGAAGAAGACAGCGACGACGAAGAAUCUGAAACGGUGAAUGAAAAUAGAAAGAAAUCGAGUGUUGACGCAAGAGAAACUUCAAAAUUUGCGAUAGUUUUGAACAAAGUGGAUUUGGUGGACCCCAAGAAUCAACUCAUAGACCUGGCGAUGGAAAUUGGAGAAGUUGCAGAUGCUUGCCUGGCAGAUCACGUGACAAAGGGCAAAGAGGCAAAUGGCAUGGAGUUUGAGCAACUGCUCAAUAUAGCGCCUGUGGUUUUCUACGUUUCUGCUUUGGAGGAGGAAGGUGUCGAUGAUUUAUUGGAGUUUUUGUUGGAAAAAGCUAGUCCAUGCACUUCGUGGCCUGUGGAACCUGGCAAGAGCACAAACAUGACAACACCUGAGCAAGUGCAAGAGUUGAUCAGAGAGAAAAUUUAUCGAAUUCUACAUAGAGAGCUGCCGCACAAUGUGCACCAGGUAAACCGUUUAUUUCGUAGAGUGGACGAUGGGGUGAUAAUCCACCAGGAUUUAGUGGUGUUCACCAAGAGCCAUCAAAAGCUAGUGCUUUCGUCGCUUCAUAGGAUCCAAAGUACUGCAGAAAAUGAUUUGAAAGAACUAUUCAAAUGCGAUGUAUCAUUGAGAUUGCACGUCAAAUUGAACAAAUCCAAACAACGUCGAAAUGUAGAAGAUUAUAGCACGUAA